CUCCAACCGCCAGUAAACACUGGAGAAGAAAAAGCUGAUGCUCGUCUGAACCGCUUUAUAAAAAUAAAAGCACAUUAUUGUGUCUGGCUCUGAGGAUUUAAACCCCUGAGCUGUGUGAGGACAUGAAAACAGAGAUAUCCACGGAUGGAGGGACGUCAGAAGUCCGUGUGAAGAAAGAGGAGACGCUGGAGCUGAAAAUCUACAACCAUGGAGAUGACCUCAAUAAUCCACCUGAAGGUCUCUCUGUUAAAGUGGAAGAUCCUGACAAAAAAGACUACCUCUACUGUGAAGUUUGCAAAUCCUUUUUCCUCAACAAAUGUGAGAUUCAUGGACCGCCCCUCUUCAUCCCAGAUACUCUUGUUCCCAUGGGAGUCCCUGACCGAGCCAGACAAACUCUUCCUCCUGGGCUAGAAAUCCAGAUGUCUAGUAUCCCUGAUGCAGGCCUGGGAGUGUUUAAUAAGGGGGGCACUGUUCCAGUAGGUGCACACUUCGGACCCUACCAGGGAGAGUUGGUAAACAGAGAGGAAGCCGGGAACAGUGGAGACUCCUUGGUUGUAUACAGGAGCAUGCAGUGUGAACAAUACAUCGAUACCAAAAGAGAGAUGGAUGUGAAUUGGAUGAGGUAUGUGAAUUGUGCCCGUAAUGAAGAAGAACAGAAUCUUGUGGCAUUUCGGUAUCGAGGGGGAAUUCUGUAUCGUUGCUGUCGACCCAUUAACCCAGGACAUGAGCUCUUGGUGUGGUAUGAAGAGGAGUACACCAAAGAACUCAGUCCUGCACCUACAGGAACAACCAGACAGCAAGAAAUAAAGAACACUGAAGUAAAGAACGCCCUGCUGCAAAUCUUUUCCUGCUCCACAUGUCCUCAUUCCUAUACAUCUCAAAUUUACCUCGACAAACACAUCCAGAGAUGCCACUAUAAAGAGUAUGUGGGACUACGGGAAUCAGGAGAGAUUAAAUAUGAGCUUCAGAUCCCCUCCAGAUGUCAGCCAACAUCAACAAAUACUCUCAGUCCUGACACUUCUCAUAAUGGUAUACAGAAGGAAAUUCACCACUGCUCAGACUGUGGAAAGAGUUUUGGUCAUCAGAAUGCAUUCAAGACGCACCAGCGCAUUCACACAGGAGGAAAGCCACAUGACUGCUCACAGUGUGGUAAGAGUUUUACUGGACAGAGUGCUCUCCAACGACACCAGCGCAUUCACACAGGAGAGAAACCGUAUCACUGCUCACAGUGUGGGAAGAGUUUUACUGGACAGAGUGCUCUCCAACAACACCAGCGCAUUCACACAGGAGAGAAACCGUAUCACUGCUCACAGUGUGGGAAGAGUUUUACUCGGCAAGGUCAUCUCCAACGACACCAGCGCAUUCACACAGGAGAGAAGCCGUAUCACUGCUCACAGUGUGGGAAGAGUUUUACUGCACAGAGUGAUCUCCAACGACACCAACGCAUUCACACAGGAGAGAAGCCGUAUCACUGCUCACAGUGUGGGAAGAGUUUUACUGGACAGAGUGCUCUCCAACAACACCAGCGCAUUCACACAGGAGAGAAGCCGUAUCACUGCUCACAGUGUGGGAAGAGUUUUACUCGGCAAGGUCAUCUCCAACAACACCAGCGCAUUCACACAGGAGAGAAGCCGUAUCACUGCUCACAGUGUGGGAAGGGUUUUACUCGGCAAGGUCAUCUCCAACGACACCAGCACAUUCACACAGGAGAGAAGCCGUAUCACUGCUCACAGUGUGGGAAGAGUUUUACUCGGCAAGGUCAUCUCCAACAACACCAGCGCAUUCACACAGGAGAGAAGCCGUCUCACUGCUCACAGUGUGGGAAGAGUUUUACUGAACAGAGUGCUCUCCGACGACACCAGCGCAUUCACACAGGAACGAAGCCGUAUCACUGCUCACAGUGUGGGAAGAGUUUUUCUCGGCAGAGUCAUCUCCAACAACACCAGCGCAUUCACACAGGAGAGAAGCCGUAUCACUGCUCACAGUGUGGGAAGGGUUUUACCUAUCGAAGUGCUCUCCAACAACACCAACGUAUUCAUACAAGAGACAAGCCGUAUCACUGCUCACAGUGUGGUAAGAGUUUUACUCGGCAGAGUUAUCUCCAACAACACCAGCUCAUUCACACAGGAGAGAAGCCGUAUCACUGCUCACAGUGUGGGAAGAGUUUUACUUAUCGAAGUACUCUCCAACAACACCAGUGCAUUCACACAGGAGAGAAGCCGUAUCACUGCUCACAGUGUGGGAAGAGUUUUACUCGGCAGAGUGCUCUCCAACAACACCAGUUCAUUCACACAGGAGAGAAGCCGUAUCACUGCUCACAAUGUGGGAAGGGUUUUACUUAUCGAAGUGCUCUCCAAAUACACCAGCGUGUUCACACAGGAGAGAAACCAUAUCACUGCUCACAGUGUGGGAAGAGUUUUAUUUAUCGAAGUGCUCUCCAAAUACACCAGCGUGUUCACACAGGAGAGAAGCCAUAUCACUGUAUACAGUGUGAAAAGAGUUUUACUCAGCAUCGUGAUCUUCAACAACACCAGCGCGUUCACACAGGAGAGAAGCCGUUUAACUGCUCACAGUGUGGGAAGAGUUUUACUCAGCGGAGUUAUCUCCAAAAACACCAGCGCAUUCACACAGGAGAAAAGCCGUAUCACUGCUCACAGUGUGGGAAGAGUUUUACUCAGCAAAGUCAUCUCCAACAACACCAGCGCAUUCACACAGGAGAGAAGCCGUAUCACUGCUUACAGUGUGGGAAGACUUUUCCUGAACGGAGUGCUCUCCGACGACACCAGCGCAUUCACACAGGAGAGAAGCCGUAUCACUGCUCACAGUGUGGGAAGAGUUUUACUCGUCAGAGUACUCUCCAACAACACGAACGCAUUCACACAGGAGAGAAGCUGCAUCACUGAUCAUCGUGUGGAAAAAUGUUUACUUAUUCAGUUACAUUUAAGACCUACAAGUACACUAACUCAGAGACAUUGCAUGAUUUAAAGUAGUCACAU